CAAAUAUACACGAUUCCGUCAGAACAUACAGAUUGCCAGGAGUACCAUAUAUAAACCGACUGUAACUGGCAGGUUUGGUAACAGAUUACUUUAGACUUGUAAGCGGAAACACACAGUAUCAGCUAUCUGCAAGUACCCACGAAGAAGGAACAUAGGAUAGGAUAGUUUUUACGAACGGAGCAGAUUAUUUUACCAAACUUCUAAAAUGUCAAAACGUGUGACUGCCCGCUACGCUCGAAACAAGAAAGGAUCCCAUACAAGUUUGACGUGUUCGGAUAUUGAUGAAGGAAUUGAUAGAUUACCAAGAUAUGCUCAUAAUAUUUGCCGUAAGAUGGACCAUAAAACAUUGGUUAGUUUGAAAAAGAACUGUGACGUGUUGACGUCAGAGCAACUGGAAAUGAUCCAUAAUUCCAAUGACUUCAUAAAUGCGCUACAAGAAGAAGGGUUCCUAUGGGAUGAUAACAUAGAGUUUCUAUGCGAGUUGCUAAGAAGAGCCAAUAGGAUGAAGACUAUCAAACAAUUGAGAUCUUUUCAAUUCAAGAUCAGAAAAGACAAGAAAGUACAAGCAGCAAAACGAGUAGAUCGACUUCACAAAAAUAUUGCGAUGAAGGAGGUCAAGAUAACUGUGUUGGAAACCAAUUUACGAGAGAAAGACGCCACUAUAGCGGAGAAAGACGCCACUAUAGCAGAGAAAGACGCCACAAUCGCCGAUCUGCAGGCAGAAAACCAAUCAUUGAAGGACAAGUUACAAAGCGCUGAAGAAGAAGAUGAAGCGGAAGUUACCCAGCCCGCUCUAGCACCGAUUGAAAAGGCAGAGGAAAAUAUUAGUGAUAACGAUGACGACGAUGAGGAGGAUGAAGAUGUCGAUGGUGAUGAGACGGAAGCUAACCUGGAUACUGCUGGUUAA